ACUCCACUUCCAAGAGGAACUGGUGAGGCAUAUAGCACUGUCAAUAUCAACGUCGAUUCAACUUAUAAAGCUAUUUACAGGUCAAUUGGAGGUAUAACUCGAAUAUAAAGGACUUAAUACGCUGCCGAACUCACUAUAUACCCUACGGCCUCAGACAAGUUAUUCUAUAAGACAGUCAUCGUCAUGGCCUCAUCAAUCCUCACAACUGGCCGUCGCAAGGAGGGCGAGCAGGUUCUCGCAUUCAUCGGCUGUGGCACCCUCGGAACAGGAAUCCUCACCGGCAUAAUGUCCCACGUCGGCAAAGAAGGCCUCUCCUUCGUCCAAGACGAAGCCGGCAACACCGAACCCCUCCCCUUCCUCCAAGACCAACACGGCAACCACCUCUUCCCCCCCACCAGCUACAUCGCAACCUGCCGCUCCGACAGCGCAGUCGAGCGCCUCAACGCCGCCGUCUCCGAAGCCAACACCACCGGCGAGACCUUCAAGGUCAUCCAGAACGACAACGUCAAGGCCUGCCAGGAAGCAGACGUCAUUAUCCUCGGCUGCAAACCCUACAUGGUCUCUGGCAUCCUCUCCAAGCCCGGGAUGGUCAAGGCGCUUGAGGGAAAACUCCUCAUUUCCAUCUGCGCUGGUGUCGCGGCGGAGGAUAUCGAGAACACCCUCUACGGUGGCAAGCCCGGCGGUGUCGGCCGCUGCACCGUCGUCCGCACGAUGCCCAACACCGCCGCCGGAAUCGGACAAUCCAUGACCGUCCUCGCCACCCCAUCCACCCCCAUCGACGAGAGCGUUUCUAUGCUCAUCGAAACGAUCUUCAAAUGCGUCGGCGAAGUCGUCUGGCUCCCCCCCAACCUCAUGGAUGCCUCCACCGCCCUCUGCGGCUCCGGGCCAGCAUUCUUCCUCCUCCUCCUCGAAGCCGCGAUCGAUGGCGGCGUCGCGAUGGGAUUGCCGCGCGCAGAGGCGACGAAGAUGGCCGCGCAGACGAUGAAGGGUGCGUGUAUGGGUGUUUUGGGGGAUAAGGAGCAGGGACGGGCACCGGUUCAUCCGGCUGUGUUGAAGGAUCGGGUUACGACGCCGGGGGGGUGCACUAUUGGUGGGCUGAUGGUGUUGGAGGAUGGGGGGGCGAGGGGGGUGGUUUCGAAGGCUAUUAGGGCUGCGACGGUGGUGGCGAGUAAGUUGGGGCAGGGGGUGAAGAAUGUGAAUGGUGCGAAUGUUUAGAGGGGGGAGAUACCACUGGUAGUUGUGAGGUUCCAAAGCCUCGUCGGUCCCGUUCAAAAGAGAAAUAGACAAACUUGUACAUACAAAAGCAUGCGCAGACAAUAGAAGUCAACAUCAUAG